GGAGAGUUGUGAAGAUGGCGGCAGUGGUGGAGGUGGAGGUUGGAGGAGGUGCUGCCGGGGAACGGGAGCUAGAUGAGGUUGAUAUGUCAGACCUCUCUCCAGAAGAGCAGUGGAGGGUUGAGCACGCACGCAUGCAUGCCAAGCACCGUGGCCAUGAAGCCAUGCACGCUGAAAUGGUCCUCAUCCUCAUCGCUACUUUGGUGGUGGCCCAGCUGCUCCUGGUGCAGUGGAAACAGAGGCACCCCCGCUCCUACAAUAUGGUGACCCUCUUUCAGAUGUGGGUUGUUCCCCUCUAUUUCACAGUGAAGCUGCACUGGUGGAGGUUCCUAGUGAUCUGGAUCUUGUUCUCUGCUGUCACAGCUUUUGUCACCUUCCGAGCCACCCGGAAACCACUAGUACAGACAACCCCAAGGUUGGUUUAUAAGUGGUUCCUGUUGAUCUAUAAAAUCAGCUAUGCCACUGGCAUUGUUGGCUACAUGGCUGUCAUGUUUACCCUCUUUGGUCUCAAUUUAUUAUUCAAGAUCAAACCAGAAGAUGCCAUGGACUUUGGCAUUUCUCUCCUCUUCUAUGGCCUCUACUAUGGAGUUCUUGAGCGAGAUUUUGCAGAGAUGUGUGCAGACUACAUGGCGUCUACCAUAGGGUUCUACAGCGAGUCGGGCAUGCCUACCAAACACCUCUCGGACAGUGUGUGUGCCGUGUGUGGGCAACAGAUCUUUGUGGAUGUCAGUGAAGAGGGCAUCAUCGAGAACACAUACAGGCUGUCUUGCAAUCACGUAUUCCACGAGUUCUGCAUCCGUGGCUGGUGCAUUGUGGGAAAGAAGCAGACGUGUCCCUACUGCAAAGAGAAGGUAGACCUCAAGAGGAUGUUCAGCAACCCCUGGGAGAGGCCUCACGUCAUGUACGGGCAACUGCUGGAUUGGCUUCGAUAUUUGGUAGCCUGGCAGCCUGUCAUCAUUGGCCUGGUACAAGGCAUCAACUAUGUCCUGGGCCUGGAAUAGUCAGGAAGAAGAGCAUCCGCCUGCUAUGGACCUCAGGGCACUCUCCUCCCUGCCCUCCAAGAUGACCUGGGUGGGAAAGACUCAGAAGGGGCACUUGGGCCACUCAGUACCCCUCUGGCUGUGCCCGGGCUGGGGAGGGAGAUGGUGGAGAGCCAGCCAGUGGGGC